GCGCGCCCGACGUACGUGUAUUGUAUAAAAAUAAAUAAUUGGCUCCUGUAUUCUUCUUUUGACGAGCUCUCCGCCAUUUCCCAUUAUGUGCCGCCGAGCGCUGGCCGCGGCAUUUGGACGCCACUGACAACGCUCUCGGUCGUAUCCGUGUGAUCCCUCCGUCAACGAGAUGAAUGCCUCCGAACGAGAUGGGUACCUCCGCAAUUGCACGCCUCCUGCCAUCGACGACUUUCCGGCGGGACUUUUCACGGAGCUGGAAAGACAACAUGGUGCCAUUGUACUUCAUGCGUUAAUCUCCAUCUACCUUUUUUUGGCAUUGGCCGUUGUCUGCGAUAAGUUCUUUGUUCCCGCGGUAGAUAGGAUAUGUACGGCUCUUAAUAUGACGAAUGACGUCGCUGGUGCUACAUUCAUGGCAGCAGCGACUUCAGCACCAGAGUUAUUUGUCAAUGUUAUUGGAACUUUUAUUACUGAGGGUGACAUAGGAGUUGGUACCAUCGUUGGGUCGGCGGUUUUCAAUAUUCUUGCAGUGGCUGCUUGUUGCGGUAUAGGGGCUGGGAUGGUAGUGCCUUUGGACUGGUGGCCAUUAACCAGGGACUGUCUUGCAUAUGGUAUCACUGUUUCUAUUUUGAUUUGUAUAAUGCAUGAUGAAUAUGUGCAGUGGUAUGAAGCCUUCUUCUUGGUUCUGCUGUAUGGAGUGUACAUUUGCAUUAUGUACUACGACAAAUCAAUUCAAAAUUUCGCUAAAGGGAGUUGGACGUGUGUGUCCAAUAUGUUAAAAAAAGACAGUGAAAAGCAAGAAACUCCUUUGUCUUUGGAAAAUGAAAAUAAGGAAAAAAAGUCAACAUCUUCCAUUAAGAAUGAAUCAUUAGUAGAGCAUCACCAACAUAAUGGUAAUGUCAAAAACAUAACUCUUUAUGCAGAUACAAACGAAAAGAAAAAUGUUAUCGAUACUGAACUACAAAUUGACAAAACUAAAAUUGAAGAAACAAACGAAGAGGAACACAGAAUUAGUAAUAUGGAAAUAGCUACACCAGAAGAUGGAAAUCGCGAAAAUAUUGAACAAGGGAACAAAGAAUCGAUAGAUGAGUAUGAACACUCUCUGUGGAAAUGGCCAUCAGGAAGAAGUAAUCUCACAAAGAUAACAUGGAUUAUUACAUGGCCGAUACAUCUCGUCUUUUUCUUUACGAUUCCAGAUUGUGAGAAACCGCGAUUUAAGAAUUGGUUUCCCUUAACUUUUAUCAUGUGUAUAGUUUGGAUAGGAUCACUUUCAUACAUCGUAGCUUGGAUGAUAACUAUAAUUGGUGAUACCUUAAUGAUACCAGAUUCAGUUAUGGGAAUAACAUUUUUAGCAGCGGGUACAUCUGUACCCGAAGCAGUAUCAAGUGUUAUAGUUGCAAAACAAGGACAUGGCUCAAUGGGCAUCAGUAAUUCGAUUGGAUCAAACACAUUUGAUAUUCUUCUGUGUCUAGGUCUACCGUGGCUUAUUAAAGCUUCGUUAACACCCGCUGAACCUGGUCAUUAUUGGGUGAAGAUAAACUCUAUGGGUCUUGAGUAUUCGGCGAUAUCGCUGCUAUCAACUUUGUUGCUGCUUUAUCUUACGUUUUGGUUCAACAAGUUUAAGCUCGAUGCAGCUGUCGGGAGGGCUUGUUUAGCCAUGUAUGCCAUGUUUUUAGUCCUUGCUACUCUUAUUGAGUUAAAUGUUUUCUUCCCUGUAAAUGUUCGCACUUGCAGGAGAAACGAAUUAAAAUCUUAAAGUGUAAAAGUGCUAACGAUUGGCUUUUCUUAAAGAUCAUUAUUUGGAGAUACUCGUACAACGCUAAAAUUUCAAAUUAUUACUAAUUAAUAUUAUUUAAUUACCCACUUGAAUGUACAAUACGUUUAGCAUAGGAUGUUCUGAUUAAAGUAUUUUCUUUUAUAUAAAAUAUUUUUAUUAAGUAUCAUAGUUUCUUUUAUCACAUAAAAUUCCCGAACUAGAUAUUUCCAAAUUAUCUUUAGUUUGUGAUGAAAGAAGUGACUAUUUAUCAUUGUUAUAUUAAGUAGGACUUUGAUUAAGUACUACUUUUCAUGUAAACAGCAAUGAAAAAUGUAGUUUAAUUAGAAUAUAUAAGAAUAAUUGAGAGCAAUUUUUUUUGUUUUUAAGAUAUACCCUUAUCAAUUUCUAACGUAGUAUUGUUUUACUGCUAAUUUAUGUGCACUUUUUAACCGAUUUUAAAUUUCAAUGAUUAUUUCAAUGUCAAUUAAAAUAUUUUUCUUACUCUUACAUACUUGCUCGUAAAUAAGAUAUUGAAUAAAAAAGAGUUGUGUAAAUAAAUACAAAAUAUAUCAACUGUUCAUAAUUUUAUUAUAUAUAGAUUUGGAUUUUUUUUUCUUAUUUUGUAUAUAUUUUUAUAUCCUAUACUAAAUGAUUUUGUUUCGUAAAGUGCUGCAUAUGAAUUUUUUUUAUGGAUUUAAGAUAUUGUCUCUAGGGUAAAAGUAAGAAAAAAAUAUUAAUUUAUAUCUACAGCUGUUUUUUUUAUUCAAAUUCAGCCAAUUUUAUAUUAUAAUUUAUUUCUGAAUAUAUAUAUAUAUUGUUAAGAAAUUUAUAAUUAAUGUUAAUUGUUCUCAAUAGUCAAUAUAUAUUUAUAUUUAUAAAAUAUGAUUUUUUUACAUUGAUCUACAUAAACAAUAAAAUACUUAUAUAAAAGAGUUAAUGUUUGUAGAGUCUUUCCAUGGAGUUAAUUUUGGUAGUGUCAUCAAGCAUAAGGAGAAUGGGUCUUUUAAAUUAAUAGAAGUUAUUGGGUAUGUAGACCGAAAAAAAAUUGCUGGAAAAGAAGUAAUUCAUAUGUAUUUUUUUUUUGCUUUUUGCUUUUAUAUUCUUUGGACUACAAUGAUGAUAGGAUUUAGGACGAAACAACACUUACUUAUUUACCACUUCAUACUUAUUUACCACUAAUGUCGAAUUAAGGUAAAGUUGAAAACUAGUUUGUGUUUUAACAAUACACUAAAAUGAAAUUUAAAGUAAUGUGUAAUCUGUGUUUAGUGAAUACAUUAUAUAAUUAUA